CUGCUGCAAAAUUUCUAGGCGCGUCAACUGACGUGCGCCCACAAGAUAACGCCAAGAAGGUGGAGUAAAUAUUCUGAACAGUUUUGUGUUAAGACGACGUUAGUUCGUUCUCGAUGUUCGAGUAUUGUUAACUGGCAUAUUCGGAAAACGGUUUAUUUUGUAAAGUUACGUAACGCCUUACAUAUUCAGUGGAAUGGCAGACAUAGCAAACAACAGUGAAAUUUUCGGUCCUGUUGCAUCUGGAUUGAGUUUCGUAGCGUUCGCAGUGAUCCACUUUUUACUCAGGCCACUCACACCAAGUUCCGUUCUGAAAUCAGGAACACAAACGACAUGGAAAUGGAGGAACAUUUGCAAUUCACUGGUUCAUUCCAUACUGACUGGCACAUGGGCGAUACUUAGUUUCUAUUGGCAUCCGAAAAUGGCAGAGGAUUUGAUUGGAACUCACUCCACUUCGUCGCUUCUUUUAGUUUCCGUCUCUAUCGGAUAUUUUAUUUACGACUUCAUUGACAUGUUGCUGAAUCACAGGAAGCGCAGCUCAUACGAGUUAAUGAUUCACCAUUUCUUCGUUAUUAUCUGCUUUGGACUGUCGGUGCUUACACAACAAUACAUCGGAUAUGCUGUGGUCGCAUUAUUAGUCGAGGUCAAUUCGAUAUUCCUUCACACACGACAACUUAUGAUUAUUAAGGGAGCGCCGCGACAACAUUCCGGUUACCGUCUCAACAGCUUGUUAAAUAUCGGGACAUUUUUGAUAUUUCGCAUACUCACGCUUGGUUGGAUGACCCGUUGGUUAGUAAUUCAUAGGGACCAAGUACCUUUUCUUGCUUAUACAACAGGCAGUAUUGGUUUGGCUGUCAUAGUGCUAAUGAGUAUUGUUCUAUUCUUUCGAAUCCUAGACGCAGAUUUCAUUAGUAAGAAGGUACGCAACAAAAAAGAAUAAUGCCGUAUAUGCGUUAUUAAUCAAUCAUACAUUUCUAUUUUCCGUAACGUGCUUAAUGUCACUAAAACAUAUAAUAACAUGACCAGUUUUUUUUUAUGUGCUUUUUUGUGUUUUUACAAAUUUACAAAUGGAAAUAAAGAAAAUAUGCAAGUA